AUGCCAACAGUCAGCCUUAUCUCCCUGGUGGAGGCGCUGGAGGCAAUGCGCCGAGUGAUUCACCUCAGUAGAAAAGAACCUUUCCGGAAUUGGACUAGCGUGCCUCCUCCCCGCGCUUGUCGGACCUCGUGCCUGUCACUGCCUGCCACCGCCUGUCGUCGCUUUGGUCAUCUUCAACACCCCUCGCCAAGUACGACCUGCUGCCUCGUCAUCACCUGCCUAUUUCCCCCGAGAGCGCACAUCUCUUGCUUCCUGUCAACUUUCCCUCUCAAUUUAUUUUCCAUCUCCAUCGAUACAACUCGAAUCUAG